AUGAGUCAAUUGCAACCAAAUAGCAUUGCACCUUAUCGCCCUAUAUCGCCACCGUCCAUAUUAGCGCAAACACCCUCAAUAGAACAGCGCCAAUACUUCCAGGAAGCCCUAUCGAGGCCACCUUCAUACAUGAUGUGCCAUGGUGAUAGUCAGACAAGUGCAUUUGCAGAGAACGAGCAGUUACAUUUGCAAGUGGUACAAGAAUUGGCAGAAUACUACAAUCGACAAAACACUCGGCAUCACUAUCUAGACAGGCUGCUUUUUUGGAGCACAGGCGAGGAAAAUGGAGGAGAAAAGAUCAAAUACAAGUACGCGCUGCAGUCAUGUGUAUCGAGUCAAUUUAGAGGAACACCGUUUCUGAUAUGGACCAUCAUUUUCAUAUUUGCUGGGUGCAUAUCUGUGUUUACAGGGCCGAAUGGAGCGCAGGCAUUGUGGAUACUGCUGGGCGUGUAUCUGAUCAUUGCCUUGGUGGGCUUUCAGCGUAGACGUAAAGAGGCCAAGCGCAUUGAGGAUUUAGAGAGAUGCAUUGCGGAUCAGCGAUUGCAAAGAAGGGCAUUGAUCAAUCAAGCGCAUCCUUUACCCGAGGGUUACUAUUUCGAAAUUCAAAAUCACAGCAAAGAUCACACACAUCCGGUUGUUACGCUGCUACCCCCACCACCAGCCUAUGAUGUGCAUUGA